CCAGCUCCCUGAGGCUGUGCAUUUGCUCAUAGACUUCUCAAUACAUCUUUUUUCCUUUUGCUGUGACUUUUUAAAUCCUCCCAGGUUAUAUAUCUGCCCCUUCUGGUGUCUGGUUGUUACCUGUCAUGCCCAGCCCUUCACUCCUCCCCGUGGGGAACACCCACCCACGCUCAGCCAUGCGGAUCCUCCAGCUGCUCUUUGCAAUCGUUGUCAUUCUCUUCCUCCAGGAUGUUCCCGCACGAGGCCUUUCGGACAGCCAGCAGUGCAGGAACAACCACGGGCACUGCCGGAGGCUCUGCUUCCACAUGGAGCGCUGGGCUGGGAGCUGCAGCAACGGCCGCCUGCGCUGCUGCAGGUGAGAGCGACCACAGUGGGAUGGAUCCGGCACCUGGGGCACCAAAACCGUCCGUAGGAGCUGCUGUCAGACACUGCCAUUCACAUCCACAGCUGGGUUGGUCUGUCACCAAUAAACCUCUUGGUUUUCUAUA